AUAUCAUUACAAGAACCCUCCGCCUUUGGAUCUACAUACGCUCACUGCCGAUAGUGCCCACCGUGCAUACCUCGCGCUGAUUGGCCCAUCGGAAACUCAUUUUAUUUUUUUAGCGAUGUAUACAAACACCGUCGCCGCCCGCUCUUGUAUUCCAGCAAUUGUGAGCUCCAAGUCGCUGCUCAGCGCUCACGGCCAUGUGUUGAAGUCCCCUUCACGGUGUUCUUGUGCCUGUGUCGACUGCUUCCGAUUGCAUCCCGCCACCGGCCUUGCCUUGUCGCGCGCCACCGAGUGUACCUGCAGCACCCCUGACGCGUGCUUUCCCGACGCAGACAUGUCUGAACGCAUGACGAGGAGCAAGACGGGGAAGACGCCCAGUAAACCCUUUAACCCAGGGUUUGUGGAGACCCCUGGUCGCAAAAAGUACACGCGCAAAUCCAUUCUCACGAACGGUGAAAGCGACUACGAGUCUACGCCCGAGCCCGAAGCAGUCUCGAAGCUUUCGUUUGCGGAGGCGACAAAGGCCGGCAACGGAGACAUCACGGCCAAUGGUAACGGCAAGGUCAACGGACACGCCACCGGCAUCAACGGUGCUGCGAAUGGGCUUCACGACCGCACGAACGGGCAAUUGAACGGCAACACCAACGGGCAUGCGAACGGCAAUGCGAAUGGAAAAGCGACUUCUACGGCACCAAGCGAGCAGCACGAGGAGUUCGGUCCUUACGAUGUCUCUGGCGAGACCGAGUUUGGUGGAACCUUGGGCAUGACUGCUAUGAUGAUCGGCUUUCCUAUGCUCAUGUACUACAUGUGGAUCGGCGCUUUCUUCUACGACGGCAAGCUUCCCGCACCGGCUGACGGCGAAAGCUGGGGUCACUGGGCACAGUACAUGUGCGGUUUGAUCAAGACGGAAGGAUACCCCAAUGCGCGUGCGUGGAAGAUCUACUGGGUGUUUGGACUAGUCCAGAUGGCUUUCUACAUGCUGAUGCCCGGCGUCUAUCGAAAGGGCAAGCCGCUCCCUCACCUGGGCGGCAAGAUGCUGGACUACUAUUGCUCGGGCAUGUGGUCGUUGUACACCAGCAUUGUCAUCGCCUUGGCCUUGCACUUUACUGGCGUAUUCAAGUUGUACACCCUCGUUGAUGAGUUUGGACAUAUUAUGAGUGUGGCCAUCAUCUCUGGUUUCCUCUGCGCUAUUGUCUGCUACAUCCAGGCCAUCGUCCGUGGUAAGACCAUGCGCAUGACUGGCUACCCCAUCUACGACUUCUUCCUCGGUGCAGAGUUGAACCCUCGUCUCUUCGGUAUCCUCGACUUCAAAAUGUUCUUGGAAGUUCGUAUUCCGUGGUACAUUCUCCUGUUUCUUUCCAUGGGUACUUGCCUGAAGCAGUAUGAGGAAUAUGGCUAUGUUUCCGUGGAAGCCAUUUUCUUGCUAUUCGCGCAUUACCUGUAUGCCGGUGCCUGCUCCAAGGGCGAGCAUCUCAUUAUUACGACUUGGGACAUGUACUACGAGAAGUUGGGUUUUAUGCUCAUCUUCUGGAACAUGGCCGGUGUCCCUCUCACCUACUGCCAUUGCACACUCUUCAUCGCCCGCCACCAUCCCUCUGAGUACCAGCUACCAGUGUGGUUUACUGCUCUUCUCACCGUCGCCUACCUCGGCUUCUACUACAUCUGGGAUACGACCAACAGCCAGAAGAACCAGUUCCGCCAGGAGGAGCGUGGCAACGUCGAUGAGCGCACUACGUUCCCUUACUUCAAGUACGGCAAGAUUCACAACCCCAAGACUAUCCCUACGGCGCGCGGCAACAGCAUCCUGUGCGAUGGCUGGUAUGGAAAGGCGCGCAAGAUUCACUACACUUGCGACUUCUUCUUCGCUGUGUCUUGGGGCCUAAUUACUGGGUUCAAGAGCCCAUUCCCGUGGUUUUAUUCUGUCUUCUUCGCCGGCAUGAUCAUCCACCGUGCAAGGCGUGACAUUGAGAAGUGCAGGAAGACCUACGGAGAGGCGUGGGUCGAGUACGAGAAACGCGUGCCGUAUCUUUUCAUCCCGGGUGUCUACUGAUUCUCACGUCUCGAGAAUCUUUCCACUCAUUUCGUAUCUGGCUAGCUUCCGAAUCCCGAUUCAGGCUGGUGUGGCGCCGCGUUGGAGCAGUCUGCAAGCGACUCCGAACAGAUGCCCUUGUAACAUUCUCUGCACAUUCUUGUCACAUAUUCCUUGGUUAUUAUCUAGCUACGUGGGAACGUGGUACUACGGUGCGCAUGAGGACAAAGCAAAGUAAUAGUAAUGAUGAGUUGACG